UCUCUCACCUCCACGCACCAAUUCCACUUCACCUUCAGUAACCACCCUAUCUGCCUCAACUCCACGCACAAUGACAGUAGCUCCUGUCGUGUCUUCAACCACCCAAACAACUGCCCACAUACCUCCACUCACCUCGCAGACCCUCACCUCAGAGUCCUCAAAUCAGACACUCAGUUCAAACACCACGUCUGCCUCUCCUCUUCCUGCAAACACCUCAUCCUCACCCACAGACACUUCAACCAGCAGGGAACCAGACUCUCAAACAAACCAAACUCACAAUGCGACCUCGCCUCCAACCACUGCGCCCAACACCACAGUCAUUACAACCAUCCCAGCCAGCACACCAGCCCCUCCACCUCCACAGUGUGAUUACACUGUUGUACCGAUCAAGUUUGGCCUCGAGAUUACAUUGACCAAAGGAUCUACUGCUGGUAACUACAUCAUAAAGGUAAAAGAAGGCAGACUAGAGAAAGAAACGACAAUCAUCCAUCAGGACUCCAAUCAAACCUCAUCACAUAACAUCAAACACCUGAAGCCCUGUACUGCAUAUGAGCACAGUGUGGCAUUUAUUGAUAGUACUGGAGAGCAAACAACCUGUAACAGCACUGGAAAUGAAACUAUAACAACACCUGGAAUGAAGGAAACGGACAUUGAUGAUGUCAGCUGCAUCCCUGGAUAUGUUUGUUACCGGAGUGAAUGGAACAUCAGGUCUUCAUUUUCAACACCAAAUACUAUUCUAGCUGUGCCAUGCCAAAGUGACAGGAACGCAAUCUGCAUCAAACCUGGUUACAAUGACAUUUGCUCCGAUUUGACGACAAUCUUCACAUCAGGAAACUGUGUGAACUCUUCCUUUAUCAAAACCAAAAGCAUCAGUGUUGAUUUUUUAAAUGCAAGUGAAAUAAAUCAGGUGGCUCCAACUGGACUUCCUGUGGAAAUAAAACCAACAUUACCUCCAAACUGUUAUCUCACUGUUGAUUACACCUGUCAGGAAAAUGGAAAUCCCAACAACACCAAGCAAUUGUCGGAGCUGGAGCCGUUCACAGACUACAGCUGUACUGGUCAGAUCAAGAACAUCAUUGAUGUCAUCAUAACAAACACACCUGCUAUCAAGUUCAGCAUUGAGUGUGAUAUUGAAAUAAUAACUGACCGAAGUAUGAAACCAACCGAUACCUCCUUUAAUCUGAGUUGGACCACAACCAGUGAGAACUGUAAAGAUCUUCCCAAUCUUCCGAAGCUUUCUUAUCACUGCAGUUGUGGGACGAAACACAGUGGCCAACGACAAGCUACAGUUAACAAACAAGGAGGAACAUGUACUUUUACUGGACUGGAAGCAUUCACCGUCUAUACCUGUAAAGUCCAACCCACCUACAACAACAAGGACGUUGGCCGAUCAACUGAAAUUAGACCGAAAACUGACAUUGGAGUACCAACAGAAGUUACUAACCUGAAGGUGGAUCUUGUGGAGCAUAAUGUGAUUAAAGUAACCUGCCAUACUGUAAACAAUUUUAAUGGACCUAAGAAGAUAUACAUUGCAUGUCUUAAUGAUUGUCAUGACAAGAACCUUAAACAAGAAAAGAAUAAAUGUGAAUUUGAAUUCAAAGAUCUAAGCUACUUAACAACCUACAAAGUGAAGGUGACUGGUUUCAAUGGAAGAAGGGAGAGCAAACCAGUGAUGAAGGUCAUUGACACUUCAUAUAAUGACAAAGCUCUGAUUGGGUCUCUGGUCUUCCUCAUCAUCCUCAUACCUGUGGCUCUGCUUUUCUACAAGAUUUACAUUCGGAAGUGCAGAAAGUCCCAUGAUGUGAACGACGACAUGAUGCUUGACUCAGAAGCCAUUUAUGUCAAUGCACGACCUCCAGGAUGGCGUCAUAGAGAAGCUCGCUGAUGAAGAAGGUUUAAUGGAGCUGCCUACCAAAUCAUCAUUUACUCCUUCUGCUUGUGUUGUUCAGCAUGUAGUAGGUCUUUUUGACAUCUUAGAAAUUACUCUAAAAUGUAAUUAUCUUUUGUUAUCAGCUAAUAGCUCCAAUAUUAUGCUUGUGUUUGUUUUAGUUAUAGCGUGUCUGUCGCGUUGAUGUGCACAUUGUAAUAUGUAAGAAACCAGCCUGCUUUUAUUCCCAUGUCAUCAAAUACCAAGUUUUGUCAUGCCCCUCAACUACGGUUUCCCCCACCAUUAAAAACAUGCACGUUAGCUUAAUUCUCAAGUCAGUGCCUUUGAUCAAGGUACUUGCUUAGAUGGAGUUGGUCCCCUGGCACUGUACAGCGGCAGCCCACUGCUCAUUGUACUUAGGGAGGGUUAAAUGCAGAGGAUGAUGUGUUGAACUGUAUGACUGUACAGUAUUUGUAAUAAAAAUAAGUUCUAUUCUAUUUAACAAA